UCACUCAUCUUUGUAGGUGAUUCUAAGAAGUGUCAAAUUGAUUGUUCAAUAGUUUCAACUUCUCCAAAUAUAUCGCACGAAAUGGAAAAGAAAUAUGAAAUAGCGAGGAUGGAGAUUUAUUUUGUGUCAUCUUCAUAUAGUUUUGUGCGAGAUAAAGCCUGUGGGAAUUAUAGCAAUACCCAUUUUAACAUUACCAUCUGUUGUGCCGGAGAGUAUUUUCACGACCGUAACAUAGGCGAGAGCUGUGUUAGAGACCAGCAAUGUGUUAGUGUCAAUUCCACAUGUAACGAGACGAGUGGGAUGUGUCAGUGUAAGACAGGUCAUGUGUACCAUCGGAAGACGGACACUUGUGAACCAGAGCGUGGACUGAACGAAUCAUGUGACAACACUUUACAACGCUCAGUGGCCACUCCAAAUGGUAUGUGUAAUGUAAUCACUGGGGUCUGUACGUGUGCUAGUCACGUGAUGGUGGUGGACACGCGUGUCAACGAUACAGUCGGGAACCAUAACUCUGGCGUUGUUAUAGGUAGUGGAGUGAUCGGACUUUUGUUGGGAAUAGCUUUUUGUGGAGCACUAAACUUUAUCAUAAAUCGGUUAAGAAACCAAUCUGGAUUAAGUACCAGAACUUAUAUAUCAAACGGGGAAAAAUCAGUGGAAAGUAUGAACUCCAAUCCAACUUGCAAUGAAAUGAGCAACGAUGAGGAGGAAGGAAAUGACAUUUAUAACCAUUUACAUGAAGACCAUAUCGAGCUCUCUGUACAGUCGGAUUAUGAAGUCACAGAGGAAGACGACUACAGUCACGUGACCACAUUUAAUGCAAAUCACAUCCAGAUCUCUGGAGACUAUGGAGUGUUCAGCUGAAAAGAAGAAUGAACUAUUCUUUUUCUUUUGUUAAUCGAAGAUGCCACCUUUACAACAGAAGAAUUGAAACUGGUUGUUUGAACAAAUCAAUCAAUAUUUGUUAUUGUUCAUUGGAAACACAUUUCGUAUAUUUACACGUCUUGUAUAAUACAUGUACUGUAUGCCCUGCAUUUAAAAAAAUCUGAAGUCACUUUUUUUUUGUAUCUAUGUUAAUGUCUGAUGCAUAAUGGAUUUAUUUGCUGUAUGUCUGUUAAUAAAUAAAUUAAAUUCAGCCGAAUUAAUCAUUCAAAAUAUAACGACAAUUGUCAAAAAAAUUAUUAGGAAAUUGCUUGAUAUGAGCAAGGAUGCUGACACUAAUAAAAACUGUUCAAUUAAGAGUCGUUGUUAGCUCAGACUUUUUGACAUCUGAUGUUAAAUUUAAUCAAAAUACGAUUUUAUAAAGAUCAAUUAAAGCAAAUCACUUCUGUUAGUUUAAGAAAACCUCCGCUUGUUGAUUCAUAUACAUGUACUUUAAUUUGCUGAAAUCCAAUCAUGAAAAAUUAUAAUGAUGUAACAAUACUUGUACACAUAAUUGAAGAGGCAAUUUCUGACCAAAAUAUCCUCAGACAUAUAUAUGUUUGCGUGCGAUGAAUA